GAGCUCAGAUGAACGCGAGAACAUUGCGGACACGCGCUCCGAGCACACGCGCGCUCAGCAUCUCUGUCCCGUCCCACCGGACAGCUGCGGAAAUUAAAAAACAUUACACUCGUGUCCGGCAACAUUCUGUUUUAUGUGUCACAAUCCAGAGGAGAGGACAAGGACCAGAGCUGACACUGAAAGAGGUCAUUUCUAAUAUCCCGGCAACAAAAGAAAGGCAGAAAUCGUAGUGUCCUGACGGGCUCCGAUCAACACAAGGACUCCGCAUUAUUUUACCUUCGGCUAUGACAUCACACUAGACCUAUCCAAGCCCCCCCACACACAGAGUCCAUCAUGUCUGCCCCUGGCACUCGAGAAGGCGGCGGCACUGGCAUCGGGGGAAUCUACGAGCUCCUUGGCCGCACCUUGGGCCGCGGGCACUUCGCCGUGGUACACCUGGCCCGCCACAUCCCCACCGGCCAGCGGGUGGCGCUCAAGGAGAUCGACAAGCAGCGCGUGGAGGGCGCCGAGCCCGAGGGGGCCGGUCGCCUGCUCCAGGAAGUGAGCUGCAUGAAGCUGCUCCGCCAUCCGGGCGUGGUGCGCCUCUACGAGGUCAUCGACACGCCCACCAAGCUCUACCUGGUACUGGAGCUGGCCGAGGGUGGCGACCUCUACGACCUCAUCCUGCGGCACGAGGCCGGCUUGGGCGAGGCUGGCGCCCGGCCGCUGUUUGCCCAGGUGGUACGCGCCAUCGCCUACUGCCACCGCAUGCACGUGGUUCACCGCGACCUCAAGCCCGAGAACCUGCUGCUCUUCCCCAAGCAGGGGGCACUCAAGCUUACGGACUUUGGCUUCAGCAAGCGCUUCCACCCGGGGACCAAACUCACCACCAGCUGCGGAUCGCUGGCCUACUCCGCCCCCGAAGUGCUGCUGGGAGAGGAGUACCAUGCACCUGCUGUGGAUAUUUGGUCUUUAGGUGUAAUUCUCUACAUGCUGGUUUGUGGUGUGAGUCCAUUCCAGGAGGCCAAUGACAGCGAGACGCUCACCAGGAUCAUGGAUUGCAGCUACACUGUCCCCUCACACAUCUCCGCUGACUGCAGAGAUCUGAUCUCUCUCAUGCUACAGAGGGAUGCUUGUUGCCGGGCGACCCUUGAGGAGAUUGAGGGGCACCGGUGGCUACAAGGUGUUGUUCUGCCUCCUCAAAGCGUCAUGGCAACGAACCCGGCGAUAGCCCCGGUGACCCCACACAGCCUCACGGCCUCAGAGCAUGAUGCGAUCCUGCAGAGCAUGAGACACGUCGCCAGCGCUGCACACAUCACAGAGGCAUUGGAUGCGGACAGGUACGACCACAUCACAGCUACCUACUACCUCCUGGCCGAGCGCAUUCUGAGGGAAAGACAGCAGGACACAGAGACACAGACACGUAGCAUAUCCGAGCCUUUGACUGUUAUCAUGCCAGAUGACCCUGCGACCUUGCUCACCUCCUGUAAUCGGCAUGGCGUAUCCGAAUCCGGUGACCUCUCGAACCCGAGGGUCCCGUCACUGCAACAAUGUCACAUCAGUGACACUAAGCUCAGCCAAUAUGGUGCAGGACCACCGGCAGAACACAACAUUUGUCCCACCUCUCCCGACGAGCCUCAGCCAAUAAAGAAUGUGCAUGCCCUACAGCAGAUCUGUGAGGAAGAGGAAGAAGAGGAAGAUGAAAAUGACAGCGCCAUGUAUCUUACACACACACAACACGCACAAGAGCUGCCACACACCCAGGCAGCAAUGGUCUCUCACUCUCCGACACCCUCCACCCACGAGAAACCCAGUGACCCAACCGUGGAGGAGAGAGGAGAGAAUAUAGUGAAGCCCAAUCACACACACGAAACCAAAGCAAACGACACACCUGACGCAGACAGAGCACACACGCACCAAGAUGAUGAUUCGCUCUCACCUGAGUCUGGCACAGGUGCCCAGGUGCAGCCGCAGAGAGAGGUGGAGCUUAAGCAUGAGGCGGAGUCCGGCAGCGGAGCUCCAGAACUGCCGGAGAAGAACAAUAACACGCCCCUUCCGUACAAGCCACUCCCCUCACCACGCCCCGCACACAAGAACCACUGUGUGGAGGAGGGCCCGGAUGCCGUGGAGUCGGGCCGCACGUCCGUCAGCCCCGAGGCCGAGAGGGUGGAGGACGACGAGCUGCACACCGACCGGCGCUUGGCCAAUCCGAAGCCCAGUGAUUCCCGGCGGAGCAGCGGCAAGGAGGUGGGACCUGAGCUGUGGGCCAAGGGGCGUGGCGUGAGGUUGCGUGAGCGGCUGCUGCAGUUCCCGCUGUGCGAGAAGGCCUUGUCGCUCAACAUCAACCCCGCCCCCAAAGAGAAGCUGCUACCCUUCGCGCAGUACAACUGCUGUCAUGUACUGUGAUGACACCCACGCCCAUACCAUAAUUAUCGCCUGUCCAAUCCGGAUGCGGAUCUGAUGUCAGAUCGUACCCUGACCUGAUGCAUAUCUGAGACCCUCCACAAAGAUGACCUCUCCUCUUCUCACUUCAGCUGCUCUCCUCUUCUCACCUUUCCCGAAAAUGAAAGCACCUCACUACUCUGAGCAGAGGUCCUACACUUCCUCAACUAUAUUAGCACCCAGGCUAGUCUGUAUAUAAGGCCUGUCACGCCACUGCUACCCAUAAUUAGCCUACCUGCAGUCUCCUAUAAAUGAGACAUCUCACUCUGCGCUGCUAUGUACAUAGGCCUAUUACAGUGGUAUAUCUGAAAAGAGAUGACUUGUACAUAGUUGCAUUGUGUAUGGUUUAUUUAAGACAAAUGUGUAACCCUGUAUUUGUGGCUAGAAGCAUGACAAUGCCUAGCACUGGCAAU